AUGGCGAAAAGGGAUGAGGCCGAGUCUAGGAAGUUGAUCCGGCUCCAAGAAAAACAAGCUAAGCUUUUGGAACAGCAACGACAGGACCAAUUGGCGAGAGAUUUAGCUGAAACUAAGCAUGAGGCUAGAAUGGCUGCCAGAGAUCAUAUAGGUGUCAAUUGGUAUAUUGAUACUAUUGGUGGUGGUGUGUAA